GGUCUUCUCAAAUAGACCUUUAAAGGUUUCGCUACGUGUGUUUGCUGCAUAGCGAAACUAGUUUUUUGAAGGAUUGCCACAGUUUAAAAACGCAAUUUUAAGCUUUACUUCUUAAACAUUUUUAAUACAUCUACCUCCUUGAAUUAUUUCCAACCAUGUUAACUAACAGAAGCGUAAGGGUUUUAAAACGGGGAACAUGUCAAGUUUACGCGGCAGUGUACCCCAAGUGUCCAUCAGGGGUCCUGAACUUUUCUCCGAUGCCUUCUCCCCACAGGACUCUUUCUGCUACCCCUGCGCCACGGAGCAAACCGAAGAUGUCGCAAAACGGAGCGCUACAGCGACAGGAUAAAGUCCUGACCGUCGACACCAUGAAUGCCAACGUGAAGAAAGUUGAAUACGCGGUGCGCGGACCCAUCGUGCAGCGCGCGGUGCAGAUAGAAAAGGAGUUAAAAGAGGGGGUCAAGAAGCCUUUUGAAGAGGUCAUUAAAGCGAAUAUUGGAGAUGCUCACGCUAUGGGUCAACAGCCAAUCACUUUCUUCCGACAGGUGAUGGCGUUGUGUGUUUAUCCAAAACUACUUGAUGACAACAAGUUUCCAGAGGAUGUCAAAAAUCGAGCGAGGCGUAUUUUGGAGGCGUGUGGAGGAAACAGCAUUGGCGCAUACACAACAAGUCAGGGCAUUGAUUGUGUAAGGCAUGACAUUGCAAACUACAUCAAACGUCGCGAUGGUGGUGUGUCUUCUGACCCUGAUAAUAUCUACCUCACAACAGGAGCCAGUGACGGCAUUGCAACUGUACUAAAGCUACUGACUGCUGGGGAGAAUCGUACCCGGACCGGAGUCAUGAUCUCUAUUCCUCAGUAUCCUCUGUAUUCUGCUGCUAUAGCUGAGUUAGGAGCUGUUCAGGUGAAUUACUACCUGAAUGAGGAAAAGUGCUGGAGUCUGGACAUUAGUGAGUUACAGCGCUCUCUACAGGCUGCCAGGGAGUAUUGCAACCCCCGUGUACUGUGCAUUAUCAACCCCGGCAACCCUACUGGCCAAGUACAAAGCAGACAAUGUAUUGAAGAUGUAAUUCGAUUUGUAGCCAAAGAAAAUCUUUUCCUCAUGGCUGAUGAGGUGUAUCAGGACAAUGUGUAUGCAGAGGGAUGUGAGUUUCAUUCUUUUAAGAAAGUGUUGUUUGAGAUGGGUCCAGAGUAUUCAAACAAAGUCGAGCUUGUAUCAUUUCACUCCACCUCUAAGUGCUACAUGGGAGAGUGUGGUUUCAGAGGAGGGUACAUGGAGGUCAUCAACAUGGAACCAGACGUAAAGGCUCAACUUACCAAACUGGUAUCAGUACGUCUGUGCCCACCUGCACCUGGACAAGCCCUCAUGGACCUGGUUGUCAACCCACCUGAACCUGGAGAGCACUCUUACCCCAUGUUUUUCAAGGAGCGAACAGCCGUGCUGAGGGACUUGGCUGAAAAAGCCAAACUUACAGAGGAGAUCCUAAACACAGUGCCAGGCAUCAGCUGUAACCCGGUGCAGGGAGCCAUGUAUUCCUUUCCCCGCAUCGCAUUACCUGAACGUGCCAUAAGUGAAGCCAAGGCAAAGGGUCAGGCUCCAGACAUGUACUACUGUAUGACACUUUUAGAAGAAACAGGAAUAUGUCUUGUUCCCGGCAGUGGAUUCGGUCAAAAAGAUGGCACAUAUCACUUCAGGAUGACCAUCUUACCACCAAAAGACAAACUUAAGAUUUUGCUAAACAAACUAAAGGAAUUUCAUCAGAAAUUCACCCAGCAGUACUCGUGACCAGUUCACUUCAGUCAACUAAUGAAGACCUGACUGCUGAGAGAGCUGAAUGUGUUCUCACUUGAUGCCUUAAUUUUUGGCCACAUUUUGGUCAUGUAGUCACUUGUGCAUUGAUGGACACUAAUCUACGCCAUGCUACAGAAUAACCGAUGCCUUUUAGUUAAAAAACUGGUGUGCGUACUAUUAAAUGAUUGAUAACACAGAAAUCCAUAAUGUAGGAAAAACACCACAGAUUACUGCUCAAGCUUUUUACAAUAAAAUAAUUUUUGAUUUUUGGUAAAAUGUUUUGAACAUUUCAGAGAUCUUGUAAAUCUAUUUUAUCUAUAUGGUAUGUGUCUGUCUUUGGAGAGUAAAAUCAAAGUAAUGGGCAUUCUACAAAACAUGGUUUUGUUUCAGUGUUGUACUUUUGCAAACGUUUUAGCCAUUGUUGUUUUUAUAAAUGCAUUCAUAAAUCAACAUAAGAUGCAACAUUUAUGUAUUCAGAUUCAUUAUAUGACUGUUAUGAUACAAUAGAGAUUCACUUAUUUUGUGC